GGCGGGCGAUUUGAACGGAUCCGCCACGAUCCCCCGGACACGGACGGUUUCUUCCUCGAUUUAAACACGAUCAACCCCGGCUGUGAUCCCCGGUGAAGGUCGGUAUGAAGGGUGGGACACCUCGAAGUGUCAUGUCGGAGUCCAACACGCCGAGCGACCCGCUGAGGAGACGCUCUCCGCGGCUGAGUUCUCCUCCUCCUCCUCUUCAGGCCAACUUGAAAACAGACAAUAAAAUGGCGGCCGCGUCUUUAGCCGUCAAACGCCGGAUAACAGUGAGGAAGAUCGCUCCCAGGAAAACCACCGCGCCGUCGGAACACGACAAGGAGAACACCCCGAGGCCGGAUGGAGACCUCCAGCAGAAGGUGUCCACCCCGGGUCCCAACCCGGACCACGGCAGCUCCUCCACGGCUAAGAAGAAGAAGAACCAGAAGGCCGCUCUGCCCUCGCCGAUCCUCCCUCCAUCCCCGCCGCCCUCUCGACCCCAGGAGUCGGACCCAGACGCCGCGGUUUGGUCCCAGAAAGUGCGCCGGUCCUACAGCCGACUCAGCGACCGGUCACUCAACAGCCCCGACCCCCGCGAGACUCUCUUCGGCUUCGAGAUGCUGACGACCCCCGAGGUGGGCCCGAGAGGGCGGCGUUGUCAACCGGGUCUGGAGGCCUCCGGGUCGGUCACCGGGCUGAACUCCUUCACGUCCCUGCUGCUGCUGGAGGCGGAGGACGGGGGCGCAGCUCAGCCCGAGCCGGACCAGAACAUCCCCGGGGUGACCUUGGUGAAGGAGAAGAGGAGGAGGAGGAAGGUGCCACAGAUCGCCACCGUGGAGCUGGAGGCGAUGGCUGCAGAGAUGAACGCAGUGUUCGAGGAGGCGGAGGAGUUCGAGCUGGUGGUGGAGUGAAGGACUCAGACUUAAAGACUGAAGGAAUCCCAUGUUGAGUGUGUGUCUGUGUGUGUGUCACUGACAUGCUGAAAAAAGACAGACACUCUGGACUGUUUUUGUAUAUUUCUAGUUUUCUAUUUUGUACAUUUUUGAUUCUUUGGUGUUUAUCUGUUUGGUAUUUUCAUUCUAAAGCUCUUGAUGUGGUUGUUUAGGUCUUUUUGUGCAUAUUACAUGUGUAGGUAGACCAGUAAGGUAUGUCCCCCCCCCCCCCCCCCCCCCCCCAGUACAAUUAAAGCCUUACAACUGAUUAUCUUUUGAAGAAGCAAUCAUUUUUUGGUUAGUUGAUUUGACAGAAAAAUCAUCUGUCUCUAUCUUCAUGCUAAAAAUGGUUUGAUAAAUGUUAGAUAUUCUCUGAUUCCAUUCUCACAUCAGAUCAUUGUUAACUGAAUAUUUUGGGGGCUUUUAUUGGGACAUUUGUUCGAAACCCACCAACUCAUUUAAAGAGGCCAGGUUUUGGUUGGAUAAUGUGAAAUAAGUCCUUGCAAUUGCUUUGUAGAAGCAAGAAGAAGAUUGUAGAAGAAACAUCAAGAGGAAACAUAUCUGUGUUACACAGAUUAUAAAUGUAUGUGGAGGCUGAAGGGGGUACAAAGGUCAUACAAAAUGUUUUUCAGUACUGAUAUGAUCUGAGCAGCAUGAAUGAACAGAUAGUUUCAGGUAUUUCUACCCUUGUUGACCGUAGAUGCAUUUUGUAUCUACUUAUAUUGCAACUGCUGAAUAACAACAGAAAUGUGAGCAGUACUUCAGUCUUUUAAUAAUGUGUUUACAUUCACAUUCUAUAAGUAGGAACAUAAGACAUCACCUGUCAAUGUUGUUUUUGGAAAGUUUUCUCACAUCUGUCUUUUCUCGACCAGAGAGGAUAAUCAGUUUUCUAUCUUUUAUUGACUAUUCAUGUAAAUAAAUGAGCAAAUUCAGCCAAAAUGCCA